CACUGCGCCGCCGUGCUUCCUUCCGCUCUCUCCCUCCAGCCGCCGCGCGGGGCUGAAUGGCCUUCGGGAACGUCGCCCGCGUGAGGGAGUUGGCGGUUAGCGAGCGCCGAGCGACCCUGUGACUCGCCUUCCCUCAGCCGGACAGCCUCCUCCUGCGUCCACGCGAGGGGGAGCGGGCCCUCUGAGGGGAGCGGCGACUCCGCCGGCCCCAGUCUCUUUCCCGUGGGCAGCGGCGGCUUCUUCCGUGGGACAAUAUGUUCAAGAGAAUGGCCGAAUUUGGGCCUGACUCCGGCGGGAGAGUGAAGGGAGUAACUAUUGUUAAACCGAUAGUUUAUGGUAAUGUGGCUCGAUAUUUUGGAAAGAAACGAGAAGAAGACGGGCACACACAUCAGUGGACUGUGUAUGUAAAGCCAUACAGAAAUGAGGAUAUGUCAGCAUAUGUGAAGAAAAUCCAGUUUAAAUUGCAUGAAAGCUAUGGCAAUCCUUUAAGAGUUGUGACUAAGCCUCCGUAUGAAAUUACUGAAACAGGAUGGGGUGAAUUUGAAAUAAUCAUCAAAAUAUUUUUUAUUGACCCUAAUGAAAGACCUGUAACCCUGUAUCAUUUAUUAAAACUGUUUCAAUCAGACACCAAUGCAAUGCUGGGAAAAAAGACGGUUGUUUCAGAAUUUUAUGAUGAAAUGAUAUUUCAAGAUCCAACAGCAAUGAUGCAGCAAUUAUUAACAACAUCUCGUCAGCUAACACUAGGAGCCUAUAAGCAUGAAACAGAGUUUGCAGAACUUGAAGUGAAAACUAGAGAAAAAUUAGAAGCUGCCAAGAAAAAAACAAGCUUUGAAAUUGCAGAGCUUAAGGAAAGAUUAAAAGCAAGUCGUGAAACUAUAAAUUGUUUAAAAAAUGAAAUCCGAAAACUUGAGGAAGAUGAUCAGACAAAAGACAUUUAACUAGUUUUGAAGAGAACUUGGUGAAGAAAAAUGGGCUUGGAUGGAGAGAAGGACUUGAUGCACAUGCUGUGACGUUUCCCAGAGGACAUGCAGAUGUGGCGGAUGA